UUGGAGAUUAGCAGCGGAAAAGGAGGGGAGAAAACGGGGACCCCCAGAAACUGGAGCUAAAGGUGUGAAUCUCUGUGGUCAGGGGACUGGUCAGAGGCUGAUACAAAUUUCAGAGGAGCCAGAGCCUGAGAGGCAGACCUUCCUGGAGCUAGAACCUGGCAAAGGCAGCACAGCAGAGAAGCUGAGAAACUUAGCCUUUGAAGGGACAUGGAGAACAGAGACACCCGUCAGUGAAGUAGGAGCAAAGACUGAAUGGAGACUGUUCAAGGGCAUGCAGGGCCUUCUGAUCUGCCCAGUCUGUGGGGGCUUCUUCAGUGACCCUGUAACAGAGCAUUCCAGCAACACCUUCUGCCAGGAUUGCCUUCCUCAAGAAUCCCAGCCUCCAUGCCUCCUCUGUACCAACUGGAAGAUGCAGAAUGUGGUACAGAUGGCCAAGCAGCUGAAGCCAUUCCAUAAGGAGACCCAGUCCAUCCUAGAGGAAUGGUGCACCAAGCAUCAGGAAUGCUUGAGCUUUUUCUGUAGAGGAGACAAUGAGAAAAUCUACCUGGUGUGCAGGUACUCCAGCCUUCAGGAGGGCCAUACGCUGACCCUACUGGAAGAUCUAGACACAAAACAAGAGGCAGAAGCACCGGACUCAGAACAGGGGAAGUCUGUUUGCUGAAAGGAGCCUGCAGUGAGCCAAAUCUUGCUCAUUCCCAGAUGCCUUUGCUGGUGCUCCCUGGCUGACCUUGCUGAGCUGUGCACCCCAAACCGGCCUAAACCAUCCUUGCAGUCAACUGUUCCAACAAAACACCCUGCUUCUGUGCCCAGCUUGUUCCUGGGAAGACUGGCCAUUCUUUUUCCUGACCCCUCCCCAAUCCUCCCCUUUGUGGUUUUCAAGCAUAAAUCUCCCCAGC